UUUAGUUUAAUACACAUCCAACAUCGCAACGUAAAGACGCGAAACUUUCAAUUUUCCAACCCCCUCUAUUUAAGGCUCUUUGCUUAUAUCCAAAAUCGCUGAAGAGUGAGAGAAGUGCAGAUCACAGAUUAACAAGGAUUACCAGAAAGUUAAAUCUGUGCGAGAACAAUAUCCGAAGGAAAUCAAGAACGUUCUUAAAACAAUCGAUCGGAAUGAAAGCCUUUAUUUUAAUGUCAUGCUUGGCCUUGGCUGCCGCUAGACCCGAAGCCGGAUACGCUUACAAUAGACCCGGUGGUAGCGGUGGUGGUGGCGGUGGUUUCGGUGGCAGUGGAGGUUUCGGUGGUGGCAGUGGAGGAUUUGGUGGCGGCAGUGGUGGCUUCGGAGGCGGCAGUUCCGGUGGAUUCGGUGGUGGUGGCUUCGGAGGUGGUGGAAGCGGCGGAUUUGGUGGUGGUGCUGGAGGUGGUGGAUUUGGUGGCGGCGCAGGUGGUGGAUUCGGUGGUGGAUCCGGCGGUGGUUUCGGUGGUGGCGGUUCAAUUGGUGGAUUCGGCGGUGGAGGCGGUGCUGGUACAACUUUGGUACAAAAGCACGUCUAUGUCCAUGUUGCUCCUGAGGAACCCGAAGAAUCUCGUCCACGUCCUAAUAUCCCAGUUGGACAAGCCCAGAAACACUACAAGAUCAUUUUCAUUAAGGCACCAUCCGCUCCAUCGUACCAAGCUCCCGUUAUUCCUGUGCAACCACAAAACGAAGAAAAGACUUUGGUUUAUGUGUUGGUCAAGAAACCAGAAGAUCAACAGGACAUUGUCAUUCCUACACCAGCUCCAACUCAGCCAUCCAAACCCGAAGUAUACUUCAUCAAAUACAAGACCCAGAAAGAAGGCGGUGGUGGUGGUGCCAUCGGUGGUGGAGCUGGUGGUAUUGGCGGCGGCAUCGGUGGUAUUGGUGGUGGAGCUGGAGGAAUUGGUGGCGGCAUUGGCGGAGGCAGUGGUGGUAUUGGUGGUGGACUUGGCGGCGGCAGUGGCGGCAUUGGAGGUGGUAUUGGCGGCGGUAGCGGUGGUGGUGCUCCUUCAACUAAUUACGGCCCACCCGGCAAAUCUGGCCCUUAUUAAGUUCACAAAAUCCCUAACCAAACUGGAUUAUAUUUUGCCAAUCACAUGACCGCUGACAUUUGACGCAACAGAAAUUUAUUUAAAUCCCAAUGUCCACUAGUCUUUACAGUUGAACAUUUUUUCUGAUUUUUUGAGAUACGACUGCCAAACCAAAACUGGGACAAAUGACAAUGACUUUUAAAAGAAUUAUUCUCUGUUUAGAGAAUGUUGUAUUUCUCUCAAAGAUAUGAUUCACAUCUUUAAGGGAAGUACAAAACUAACUUUUGCUGUAACAAUUUACAUGCAAACACACACGCACACACAUGAAAAGAACGAUCUGUGGUUAUACUUCUCUUACCUACUUUUGUAUAUAAGCCAUAUUUCCCUAAAAAGUCUAGCUCUCUGGCCUUAUUCUAUCACUGUCUACCUUCCUCGUUCUACUUUGUAUAUAAGUCUCUGCAAACUAUCUUGAACUAUUAUCUAUCUAUCUUGUAACUCUCAUUAUUAGUUUAAGUACGUCCAUUUUGGAGAUUAACAACUGAUCUUUAAACUGAAAUCUCCAAAUGGAUUUGUUAUGUUUAAACUGUUUAUUGUUUAAUUUUGUAUAAUUUGUUAAGAAGUUUUAAAAUGCAUAAUAAAAAAUUACGGUGACAAAAUUAA